UGUCAUGGCGUUUCGUGAUUUUGGUGGUAUUUUUGCAAUGAUGUCGAAUUAAUUUUGCUGUUAAUUGUACUUUUUAUCAUGUCACGAAAAUUGCUUACUUUGUCAAGUUCAUCGUCCAAGAAUGAUCCCAAAAAACAAACCAGCUUAAUGGCUUUUAUAGCCAAAAAGAAAUCAGAUGACAACGAAAGAUCAUCCCACGUUUCUUCUACAAACAGUAUGUCAGAGGUUGAAAAUAUGUCCAAUUUGGAAAUGGAAGCCGAUUGCGCCAAAAACUUCACAUCAGACGAAACUAUACUUCGUUCGCCCAGUAUAUUUCGACCAAAGUUCCCCAGAUCUCAUUUUCAGAAAAAACAGCCCAACACGGUUGAAAUCCUGUCAAGUGAUUCGGACACUUCCCCAGUGAAAGCGCGGUGCAAACCUUCUCGAACAUUGCAAGACAACUUCAACCAAGUGAAGGAAGACGAUAAAUUGGGAAAAUCGGCAUCAGAUCGACCUGACGAGUACGACUUGCUAGUUUCAAAGUACUGCACAGAAGCCACUGCCGUUUCGCUAAUGUUAGAUCUUGAUCUGAAGAACGACUCUCGCUAUCAAAAAGCCACGAAAAAAUUAGAAGAAAAUAUGGCUAAAAUCAGCCCUAAGAAAAACAUUGCUGCUGAUGGAAAUACUACAAAGACGACAAAGUUCGAGUAUAAGGUGCCAAAAGCUGGUUCCAUGCUUUUCAGUUUAAAGGAACCGUUGAAGAAACCAAUUGAUCUUAAUGAGACUCCUCCCACUAAAGACGAUGAUGUGUUUGAAAUGAAGAAACCAACAAGUUCAACACCACUUGCUGAGUCGAAUUUUGCAUUCAAACCUAAACAGAUGACUGAUUUUCAAACUAGGAAUGGCCAGAGUCAGAUUCAGUAUAAUCUUUUUCCAUCGCCAAUAUGUCCCAACAAUGGCCAUGUACAGCUAUCCACCCCAAUUGAAAAAUCUGAGGCGCUCGAGUCCUGUACGCCGAAGAAAUCUUCCGACACUUUGAACUGCCUCAAUCAAACGAAAACAUUCGCUGUAAAAUUUGAUUCCGGACUAGAUGGAUACAUGGUUGAAAUACUGAAUGAUCCUCGAUUUAAGUCGAAAGAAUUAUCUGAAGUCGAAAUCAAGAAAAAUCACCAAUAUUUGCAAGAAACUAAUCGCGUGCUACUAGAAAAGUUCUUUGACAUCUUUGCCCAAAUACCAGUUAACAUUUUCAACUCAAUACAGGGCUUUCAACAAGAUACAUAUAGCAAGCUAAAGUCUUUGAUUGAAAACACUCGAGGAAAAAUCAAAGUUAACGAAAAAGUGCUUGAAAACAUCAAGAGUAUAAACAAAUCAUCGUCUGUUAUUGGGUCUAGAAAAAGUCACUUAGAAAAGAAAAAAACAAGCCAGACUUUGAUGAUUACCGAAGAAGCAACCAGAGGCGUUACUUCACCGGACCCUGAAGAACUUGAUGAUUUCAUUGAUUGUACUAUACCCUCGAAAAAAAUCGAUGAUACUCAAUCAAAGCCUAGCGCUUUUGUGUUCAAAAAACCGCUAUCUGGGACAGGCAACUUAUCAAACAAUCAGCAAGCGAGUACGAGCUAUCUAAACGCCUCGCGAGAAGAUGACGAGGAUGAUAUUGAGAGUAUACUGAAUAACAUUCGGGAGGCAGAACUUAUCGACAAAGGUCGUGCCAAUCAGCACAAUUUGAGUUCCGUAGAUUUAGUAACACCGGAGAGUUCAUUUCGUCGCACGGAACCUCGGAUUACAUUCAACCAUCAAGAGACCUCACUGAGAAAUACGCAAUUCAUAGAAAAUGUGGAGACCCAAGUGGAUGAAGACGGUUGGCAGGUGUAUGAUGCAUCUCAGUUUGAUGCACCCGACGUGAUAAACAUUACGGAUGCGUCGGAGGGUUUCGAUAAUGCGGCUAGUUACAAUCGGAAACAGUCACUCAGUGAUGCUGCUCUGUGUAAACUGCUGGAAGCUGCCGGAGGUGACAGUCAACUUCCAAGUGCAUCUAGUAGACAACAAAAGUCGCAAUCCCUUGGAAAUUUCCACUCGGGAGUCCGCAACGAUGGCAUAACUGGCGAAUUUGAUGGAAUGAAUUAUUCUCAUUCCGAGCGACUUCAGAUAGUGUUCCGAGAAACAUUUGGACUGCGAUCCUUCCGUCCUAAUCAGCUACAGGUCAUCAAUGCUACCUUAUUAGGACAUGAUUGCUUCGUGCUAAUGCCAACUGGAGGUGGAAAAUCUCUGUGUUAUCAACUUCCAGCGUUACUAACAGAAGGUGUCACGAUCGUAGUUAGUCCAUUGAAAUCACUAAUUCUAGAUCAAGUGAACAAACUUAGCUCUCUCGAUAUUCCGGCUGCACAUUUGUCUGGAGAGGUGUCGUAUGCGGAUCAACAGAAAAUUUAUAAUGACAUGCAAAGCACACGACCGAUAUUGAAACUGCUUUAUGUGACACCGGAGAAAAUUUCUUCAUCAGCUCGGUUUCAGAACAUUUUGACUGGUUUAUAUAGAAUGAAGCAACUGGCAAGAUUUGUUAUCGAUGAAGCACAUUGCGUGUCUGCUUGGGGGCAUGAUUUUCGUCCCGAUUAUAAAAAAUUGUCAGUCCUAAGAGAGCAAUUUCCUUCGGUACCCAUCAUGGCAUUGACAGCAACGGCGAAUCCGCGCGUUAGAAUCGACGUCUUGAAGCAAUUGAAUCUGAAGAGCAACACCAAGUGGUUUUUGUGCAGCUUCAAUCGACCCAACCUGAAAUACAUUGUUCGACCGAAGCAGGGGGUAGCAACAAAGGCCGAAAUUAUUGAGCUGAUAAAGAAGAAGUUCCCCCGUGCUACGGGCAUUAUUUACUGUCUGUCGAAGAAGGACUGUGACCAACUCGCAGCAGAGCUGAGAAAUGCCGGUAUCAAAGCGAAGAGUUACCAUGCAGGUUUAUCGGACUCACAGCGCGAAUCGACACAGAAGGACUGGAUAACAGACAAAAUCAAGGUGGUAUGCGCUACUGUCGCAUUCGGUAUGGGAAUCGAUAAACCGGAUGUGCGCUACGUGAUCCAUCAUUCGAUGCCCAAGAGCAUUGAAGGGUACUAUCAAGAGGCAGGAAGAGCAGGACGUGAUGGUGAUCUUGCCACUUGCAUACUAUUUUACAAUUAUUCGGACAUGUUGCGUUUUAGAAAAAUGAUGGAUCUUGACUCGAUACCGUUUGAGGCCAAACAGGUUCACCUGCACAAUCUGUUCCGCAUGGUUAACUUUUGCGAAAAUGUCACCGACUGUCGACGGACCCAGCAAUUGGAUUACUUUGCCGAACAUUUCACACGUGAACAGUGUUUGGAAAAUCGAGUCAGUGCUUGUGACAACUGCUUAAUGCAGGGAGAAUACAAGACCAUUGAUGUCACGGAGGAUUGUAUUGCUAUUGCAAAGAGUGUGCGAGACCUUUGCGCUGGUAGAAACCGGUUUACUCUGCUGCAUCUGGUAGAAGUAUUCAAGGGAAGUGAACAGAAAAAAAUUAUCGAUAAUAAUCAUCACCGUUCACCUUACCAUGGUCGACUUAAGAACUGGGAUCGAAGCGACAUUCAACGAUUGAUGCACAAGUUAGUGAUCGAAGACUACCUGAAGGAAGAUCUAAUUUUCAGCAACGAUAUUCCUCAGGCGUAUAUCAGAAUUGGUGGCAAAAUAGAAAAACUAAUGAAUCGAGAAGUGUGUGUUAGUUUCUCAGUCAAAGAGAAAACAUCUAACAAACGAAUUCAACAGGAUGAUAUUGGAAACGAACCCAAACUCGACAGUCAAGGUAAUGCACAACUCAAAGAACUACAGGAGCGAUGCUACAAUGACCUUUUGGACAUUUGUCGGUCGUUGGCCGCGCAAAAGAAUGUCACUCUUGCAUCUAUUAUGAAUAUGCAAGCUCUUAAAGCUAUGUCGGAGCGGCUUCCAGAGACACAAGCAGAAAUGCUGUCACUUCCACACGUAACAAAGGCCAACUUUGAAAAAUACGGUCAGCAGCUUUUAGAAAUAACUCAAAACUACGCCGCUGAAAAAUUGUGCAUAAUGUUGGAUGCUGAUACUGUUGGAAACACAGGUAACGGCAAUGAUGAUAGCGACAGUGAUUCCAGUGGAGAUGGUACAGAUUGGGGACGUUUGGCGCGUGAAGCUUCGGCAAAUAGUUCUGCAGGUACCAAUAAGCGAAGGCGAAACUGGGGAUCUGGUGGCAGAGGCGCCAAACGAUUCCGAAGAGGCCGAACGAAAUCAAAAACUGGUACUCGUGCUAAAGCAACUGCAAGCCGUGGUGGAGCAGUGGCGAAACGUGGUGGUCGAGGAGCACGGGCAGGAACUUCCACUUUUGGACUACUGCCACUGCCUGGGACUCGGUAGCCGCGAUUAGCGUGUAGGUCAUUCGUUUUAUAUUAAACGUACGUUGUAUUGUUUUUGUGAUCUGUUAGCAAUAUAUCUUAACGUUUACUUAUCAUUUCUACUUUCAAAAUCUGAAAACUUUUAUUGUAAUUGUAAAUUUAUUAGCUUACGAUACCCUGUUGGUUACAUUUGUAUACCUUAUGUCAGGUCAAGGAAGAAUAGAGUUUAACUAUUGAUUUAAUGUUUCAAACAACACAUUUAAUAAGUAGAGC